ACAUACUUCUUCAGCACUCUAUGCCAUCAACAAAGGCUUACUCUAGUCCUUCUAAAAUGUAUCUUUCUCCUCUCCCCUCUAUUCCCAGAUUUUAAAAUCUAACUAGUAAAGCUGCCAUGUCUGUCUAUACUAUUGCCGGUCGUCAAUUCCAAAGCUACCAGCUUAGUCUUACUGUCUUGGGAUCUGUCUUCGUGGGUCCCUGGGUUUAUAGCAAGCUCUUUAAGAGACAAAAGUCUUUGAAGGAAGGUGAAAUGCCUCCUUUGAACGCUUCCAACAAAGAGGAAGAAGCCUUUAUUUUGAAAUACAUUAAAGACCACAAGUAAUCUUAAACGUGAAGAGAAUUAUACUCCGCUAGUUGGAUACUUGUCUCUCUUUUCUUUAACAAUGACCUGCUUUCUUUGCCGUAAUUCCUUUCGUCUUCAAUAACAAAUUUGUCCAUUCUCAUUUGUUUUAUUACCAUAUAUUGAAUGCAUUGUAACCAAUUUAUCUGUAAGACUAUUAUGGUAGCCUUUUCAU